AUGUCCCCCUUAGGCCCCGAGACGACGAAGACACGUCUCGCGUCGUCUUCUGUCAAGAGUCUGUUUCUUCGCCUCCUUCCCCUUCUCUUCGUCGCGGGUUCCCCAGCAUGGGCGGAGCUCUGCCGCGCGUCAGGUGCCGUGGCAGCUGGGGGUGUGAGGGUACCCGGCGCGGGUAAACCUCCCAGUGGAGAAGCGCAUGGGGGGGAAAGAGAACGCGCAGAGGAGUUGAACGCACCAGCUCCGGAGAGGCGAGAGGCGCUGUCCGCCGCCCCUUCGCGGGUCUCUGAAGCCGAGGCAUCGGCCAAGACUAGCCACAAUCUGCGCGGAAAGACUGCGGCCAGUGACGCGAUCCACGACACUCUCUCCGCGUCCAUCGAGACACUGGGAAACAGAUCUUUUCCUCCCUGUGCGCCCUCGCACCGUCCACUGGACAAGGAAGGUCGGCUGGCGCGCGCGCCGUCUGCGUUUUUGCUCUCCUCGAAGAGAGAAGAGGGAAGCGAUGCCUCAGCCUUCACGCGGCCUCCACAGGCACGAGCCGCGAGAGACAGCGGAGCUCGAGUGUCUCCUUUUUCAGGAGCUAGGCAGUCUCUCUCGGCUUCUGGGGAGAGCACCCGCGACUGGUCCUUUCCUCAAGCGCUUUCUUCCGACGACUUUCUCGCGCCUCUCACUUCCUUGGAGGACUUCGAGGCGGGUCUCCCUCGAGCCGGAUCUGCUCAGGAGACUUCCCGCCUUCCUGCGCAUGGCGACCGUGUUCCUUCGCCUUUCCCUUCUUCGCCUCGGGAGAGUGCACAGGGUUCUUCUCCGCUAGUGACCUUGCCCUCGUCCCCGCCGUCUUCACGUGCACCUUCUGCAUAUCCGCUCUUCUCCCCUUCAUCUUUCGCGUUGUCGCUCCCCGUCGGCAAGGACAACGGGCGACUCCACAUGUUGUCUCCGUUCGCCUCGAUGUUCUCUUCGCCUGUGAUGGGAAACGCUGGCGUGGCGUCGCCUGGGCACGAGGAGGAGGCAGACGCCGCCCUCGCGUCUUCCCUAGACGGCGCUCCGUCGUCAGCCGCGCGCUCUCGCAGCCCGUUCUUUUCUUCGCAGCUUCAAGCGUCUCUCGCUUCGCGUCCUCCCGUGUUCUCGCUGCCGGAGGCGCUGGUGCGCAGGGAGAUCUCGUCGUCGACAGGCGGGGCACGAGCAGGCGGAGACGCCGGUCUCUUCGCCACGGGGUCAAAGGCCGGAGGGCGCGAGGGCGCGGAGGAGUCGGCGCCUCUCAGGCACCCCGCGGGGAUCUCGUCGCUCGGUUUGGAUCGCGAGGAAGCGGUCGACGCGCUUCCUCUUUCCGAGCAGAUGGACGGCGACGCCACAGGGCGUCCGACUCUGCCCGCAGUGCCUCUGUGGCGGGUGAGUCUGCAAGCGGCGCAUCGUUCCCGGCCAGGGAGACGCAGUCUGGAGGCGGCGUUCGAAGCAGUGAACGCGAAGGCGGGAGAGCCGCAAAUCCUUUCCGCACGCAGGUCGAAUCGCGGGAGAGGCUUCAGGGCCUCUCUGCGCUUCCUCUCCCGGAACAAGGCGUCGCUGUCUCUGGGCGCCGCACUCGUGUCGCUCUGGCUGUGGACGGUUGCGAGAAACAGAGGGUUCGGCGACGAUGCGCAGAGUCCAGAGGCGGAGGGGAGGGGUAGCAGAGGUUCGCCGUCGAGAGACGCGCGCGAGGAGGGGCCAGAGGACACGCACACCGCGCGGAAAUUCAGGAGAAUCUUCGUCGAUAAGACGAAUCCCAUCCGCUUCCGCGCCAAGGAAGAAGGCUCCUUUGGGGAACACCAAGACCGCGAGACGGUCGACGACGUCAUCCGGUGGAGAGAGUACCUGCGGCCGGAGCAGUAG